UAUGACUUUGCAUGGAAAUUCUCAUUUAGAGCUCUUUGAGCAUUGGAAUAUGCAAAGCUUUAUUGUUCGUAGAAAUACUGCUGCAUUCAAUUCCUUUGAGGCAUAUGGAAUUUGGAAAAUGCCACUAUUAAGAAAUUUUUGCAUUGAAUGGAUUGUUUCAUUAGGAACUUUGCCAGUUGUUCAUAGAAACUUAGAGAGUAUAUUUUGGUUGCAUCCUAAACUUUGUACAAAGGAUCUAUUUACAAGGAUUCCAAAUUUAAAAAAAUUGGGGAUUAACGGUGGACUUGAUGAAAACAAUCCAGAUUGGUUUUAUAAUUUUGUGCACUUGGAGCAGCUUGAGAAGCUAAGCAUCAGAAACUGGCAUUAUCUCAAUGGUAUUUCAUGUAGCGGCGGCAUCUCAUGGACAACUAGUUUUCUACCAAAUCUUAAGAAGCUCAAAUUUUUCUUUACUAGUUUGGCAUGGAGUGAUAUGAGGCUUAUUGGUAUGUUGCCAAAUCUAGAGGUUCUAAAACUGAUAAAUGCUAUUGCUUGGGAAUAUAAAAUGUGGAAACCAUCCGAUGAAGGGUUCCGUCAAUUGAAAAGAUUGGUAAUUGAAGAUAGAUAUUUGAAACUUUGGCGUGCGGUGGGUGAUCAUUUCCCCUUGCUAGAAUGUUUAGAGUUACGUGAAUGCAAGUAUUUGCAAGAGAUCCCUAGUGGUUUUGCUGAUAUCACCACACUAGCAUUGAUUCAAUUAAACGGGUGUUGGGAUUCCGUUCUGGCUUCCGCAAAGUUGAUUCAAGAAGAGCAAUAUAACAACUAUGGAAAUGCCCUCAUUGUUCGUUCGGAAAAUAUUAGGACGAAAGGUAGUGUAAACAGGUAAGAGGAAGAAUGGGAAGAGAGUGAUCUUUCUGAGGAUUAGGCAGAGUGGGUGAAGAGAGAGCAAAUGGAGCAAGUUAAGUCUACUGUUAUCCAUCAACAAUACUCAACUUUUCGUCUUUUUACUUACAAGAGAGAAGAAAUUGAGGAAGUCUCUUUGGGCAAAGAUGAUCUUAUUUUUACUGCUCUUAUUAGUAUCAUUAUCAUUAUUAUUAUUAUUAUUUUGAUAAUUUUUGUUUUUUUUUUCAAAAAUUGAUAGUGUAAAAAGAUAAAACUCGCAUUAAUACUAUCUCAAAAACAUUUUCUCUCC